AUGAAGACUACUAAGGUUUUCAGUUGCUUUGGGCAGUACUUCUGCCUGCAUUUCGAGGCAUUUCAGUUAGGGUUGUCCCUUGUUUACAUAACGUUCUUACGUUUCAUGGGCAAUGACAACGAGGCAAAAAAUUACAGCUAUAGCCUCGAGGUCUGGAGCAACGGCAGGAAGAUGAUGUGGCAAGGUGUGCCCCGAAGCAUUAGGGAUAGACACCGAAAGGUCCGUGACAGUUUUGACGGGUUCAUCAUUCAACGCAACAUGGCUCUCUUUUUCUCGGGUGGGGAUAGGAAAGAAUUGAAACUCAGGGUUACUGGUCGGAUUUGGAAGGAGCAAUAG